CAUUACCACCGAGAGGAAGAGGAAAGCAGAGGGAGCCAGGGAGAGAGAAACUAAACCCAACUCUCACUAGAGGCGCACCAAACCCAACCCGGAACCGCUCGCCGUCUCCGGCGACCACCGCGGCGUCCGAAACCCUAGGGCUGGCGCUAACCCCUUACCGCCUGGACUCUGAUGCGUCCCACCCCAUGGCCUCCCGCCUGCAGCUCCGCGCCCGCUUCCUCCUCUUGCUGGUCCUCGCUGUUGCGCUUGGAGGCCUCGGGACGGGUGGCGCCGGAUGGGGCCACGGGGCGGAGGCGUCAGAUCGGGCGGACCCGGACCCGUACUCGAUCCUGACGUGGCACGACUACUCGCCGCCGUCUCCCCCGCCCCCGCCGCCGCCUCCGGAGGCGCCCGCGGCCACCUGCGAAGGGGACCUGCACGGGAAGGGGGACUUCAGCACGAGCUGCGAGGUGUCCGAAGAGGUCGAGCUGGGCGGCGACGUCUACAUCACCGGCAGCGGCAGCCUCGUGCUCAUCUCCGGCGCGGCCCUCACCUGCGAGAAGCCCGGGUGCGUCAUAUCCGCCAACCUCUCCGGCGAGGUGCGGCUCGGCCGCGGCGUGCGCGUCGCGGCCGGGAUGGUCUCCCUCACCGCCACCAACAUCACAAUCGCCGACACGGUCGUCGUGAACACUACCGCUCUCGCCGGCGAUCCGCCUGACCGCACCAGCGGCGUCCCCACGGGGACGCACGGCGAUGGAGGGGGCCACGGCGGCCGCGGUGCCAGCUGCUACGUCAAGGAUGGGCAGACGCAGGAGGACUCGUGGGGCGGUGAUGCCUACGCGUGGUCAGACCUGGAGCACCCGUUCAGCUACGGAAGCAAAGGGGGCUCUACCAGUGUCGAGAAGGACUACGGAGGCGUCGGUGGCGGCAUCUUGUGGCUGUUUGCGGAGGACCUGUUAAUGAAUGGUACAGUGCUCGCCGAUGGUGGGGAUAGCAACGAGAAGGGCGGGGGUGGUUCUGGUGGGAGCAUCUAUAUUAAGGCUGCUACUAUGCAUGGUGGUGGCAAGAUCAGUGCUUCUGGAGGCAAUGGUUUGGCAGGGGGUGGUGGAGGACGGGUUUCUAUAAAUGUUUUUAGUCGGCAUGAUGACACCCAGAUAUUUGUUCAUGGUGGAAGGAGUUCGGGCUGUCCGGAUAAUGCAGGAGCUGCUGGAACUCUUUAUGAUGCAGUACCUAAGAGUCUUGUUGUUAGCAACAACAACAUGAGUACACAGACUGACACUCUUCUGUUAGAGUUCCCAUAUCAGCCACUAUGGACAAAUGUUUUUAUCAGGAAUCAUGCCAAAGUUGCUGUUCCCUUGCUCUGGAGUCGUGUUCAGGUCCAAGGGCAACUUAGCCUACUAUCUGGUGCUGUUCUAACAUUUGGACUGACCCGUUAUCCGUACUCUGAGUUUGAAAUGAUGGCCGAGGAGCUUCUUAUGAGUGACUCAACAAUCAAGGUGUUCGGUGCUUUGAGAAUGUCUGUUAAGAUGCUCCUCAUGUGGAAUUCCAAAAUGUUAAUUAAUGGUGGUGGAGAUUCAGUAGUUGCAACUUCCUUGCUGGAUGCUAGCAAUUUGAUAGUUUUGAAGGAAUCAUCUGUGAUACAUUCUACGGCUAAUCUUGGAGUUCGUGGUCAAGGUCUGCUGAAUUUGUCUGGAGAUGGAGACAUGAUCGAGGCACCACGCCUUAUUUUGUCACUGUUCUACAGCAUACGAGUUGGACCUGGCGCCAUUUUACGGGGUCCACUUGUAAAUGGAAGUAACGGUGACGUGGCCCCAAAGCUGAACUGUGAAGACGAGACCUGUCCUGUAGAAAUAAUUCAUCCACCGGAAGAUUGCAAUCUGAAUUCUUCACUGUCAUUUACUCUCCAGGUGUGCCGGGUAGAAGAUAUUGAUGUCUGGGGUCUCAUACAAGGAACUGUAAUUCAUUUCAAUAGGGCAAGAAGUGUCACUGUGCACACAUCUGGGACCAUUAGCACAACAGGCUUGGGCUGCAAAAGUGGAAUAGGACGAGGAAGAUUAUUAAGUAGUGGCCUAAGUGGUGGUGGUGGACAUGGUGGUAAAGGGGGGAGUGGUUCUGUUAAUGGCAGCCAUGCUGAGGGUGGACCUACAUAUGGUAAUGCUGAUUUGCCUUGUGAACUUGGCAGUGGCAGUGGCAAUGACACCACAGGGUUUUCCACAGCUGGUGGUGGUAUAAUAGUGUUGGGCUCAUGGGAGUAUUCUCUGCCAAGUCUCACGCUGUAUGGUACAGUAGAAUCAAAUGGUGGCAGUUCGACUGAUGCUGUAGCCAAUGCUUCCAUUGGACCUGGUGGUGGUUCUGGGGGAACAAUUCUUCUAUUUGUGCACACUUUGUCCCUAGCGGGGAGCUCCGUGCUUUCGAGUGUUGGGGGCUUUGGAAGUGCUGGCAGUGGUGGGGGUGGAGGGGGAAGGAUCCACUUCCAUUGGUCUGACAUUCCUACCGGAGAUGAGUAUCUUCCCGUUGCAGCCGUUAAAGGAUCAAUACUUGCAAGUGGAGGCAUCAGUAAAGGGCUAGGAUCUCCUGGCGAGAAUGGAACAGUUACAGGAAGAGCUUGCCCAAAAGGUCUUUAUGGUACAUUUUGCAAGGAAUGCCCUUUGGGAACAUACAAGAAUGUUACUGGAUCUUCAAAAUCACUCUGCUUUCGAUGCCCUUCAGGCGAACUCCCUCACCGUGCUGUAUACACAAGCGUCCGAGGAGGUGCUGCUGAAACUCCAUGCCCGUACAUAUGUGUGUCCGAUAGAUAUCGUAUGCCCCACUGUUAUACUGCCCUGGAAGAGUUAAUAUACACUUUUGGGGGGCCUUGGUUAUUUGGUCUACUUCUUUCAGGCCUUCUUAUUUUGUUAGCAGCUGUUUUAAGUGUUGCUCGGAUGAAAUUCGUUGGCACCGAUGAGUUACCUGGUCCAGCACCAACUCAACAGGGGUCGCAAAUUGAUCACUCCUUCCCUUUCCUAGAGUCACUGAAUGAGGUCUUGGAAACUAAUAGAGCUGAAGAAUCACAUGGUCAUGUACACAGGAUGUAUUUCAUGGGUCCAAACACCUUCAGUGAACCCUGGCAUCUCCCACACACUCCACCAGAACAAAUUACAGAGAUUGUGUAUGAGGAUGCCUUUAAUCGCUUUGUCGAUGAGAUAAACACCCUUGCAGCUUAUCAGUGGUGGGAAGGAUCAAUUUACAGUAUCCUUUGUAUACUUGCAUACCCCUUGGCUUGGUCAUGGCAACAGUGGCGUAGAAGAAAGAAAUUACAGAGACUUCGUGAAUUUGUUCGAUCUGAGUAUGAUCAUUCAUGCUUACGGUCUUGCCGUUCACGUGCGCUUUAUGAAGGUCUCAAGGUUACUGCAACCCCAGAUCUUAUGCUGGGAUACUUAGAUUUCUUCCUUGGGGGAGAUGAGAAAAGGCCUGAUCUUCCUCCUCGACUCCGUCAAAGGUUUCCUAUGUCCUUGAUAUUUGGUGGUGAUGGAAGUUACAUGGCUCCAUUUUCACUUCAUAGCGACAGUGUGCUCGCUAGUCUUAUGAGCCAGGCUGUAGCCUCUUCAAUAUGGCACCGUCUUGUAGCUGGAUUGAAUGCUCAGCUGCGUUUGGUUCGACGUGGAAAUCUCAAAGUAACAUUUCUUCCUGUCCUUAACUGGCUUGAAACUCAUGCUAAUCCUGCUUUGGGCGUGAAUGGUGUCCGUGUUGAUCUUGCCUGGUUCCAAGCUACAUCAUUAGGGUACUGCCAACUUGGUCUUGUUGUUUAUGCUGUUGAAGGAGAACCAUUGACCGCUGAACUUGAUGGCAGCCCUAGAAUUAAAAUAGAGCACCAUUCACUAGUGCAUGACAUGCUUGCUGAUAAUCAACUAAGCCGCUCAAGGAUCAAGGAUGCUCUUAUGCGCAAAAGGAUUACUGGCGGCAUUCUCGAUAGUAAUACUUUAAGGACACUUAAAGACAGGGGCGAUCUCCUAUACCCUUUUUCUCUAAUCUUGCACAAUACCAAACCAGUUGGUCAUCAGGAUCUUGUUGGCUUAGUAAUCUCAAUAUUGCUUCUCGCAGAUUUCAGCUUAGUGUUGCUUACUUUUCUCCAGCUAUAUUCAUACUCUAUGGCAGAUGUUCUCUUGGUUCUGUUUGUUCUUCCUCUCGGGAUACUAUCGCCUUUCCCUGCUGGAAUAAAUGCUCUAUUUAGUCAUGGACCACGGCGGUCAGCAGGCCUUGCUCGUGUAUAUGCAUUGUGGAACAUUACUUCACUGGUCAAUGUUGUUGUGGCGUUGAUAUGCGGUCUGGUACACUAUACGUCGUCAACAAAAAGACAUCCAAGCACACAGCCAUGGAACCUGGGAACGGAUGAAAGUGGCUGGUGGCUCUUUCCGACUGGACUCAUGUUGUUGAAAUGCAUUCAAGCAAGGCUUGUCGAUUGGCAUGUUGGUAAUCUAGAGAUUCAAGACCGAGCAGUAUACAGUAAUGACCCAAGCAUAUUUUGGCAGUCAUGACAUGCGCUGUAACUAAGGUGCUUUGGGUAGCUUUUUACAACUCGAAUUUUUGGGAGUUGAUAAAAGAAAAGAACUGGGGUAGCGAAGCCUUUCUUUAUUGACCAGGUCAAACAAGCAACUGCAGUGGUUAUAGAUGCAUACUUUCACACCCCUCUUAAUCAUGUGUAGUCACAGCGUGUGUCCUGUUGUAUAUAUAAAGGUGUUCUUGAUCCAUUCUUUGUAGGAUUUAGACACCACAGAGUUAAAAACAAUACCCAAGCUAACUGAAGAGGGGGAGAUGUGAUUACGCUGACGUUUGUUGCUGUGUCUGUUCUUGCAAUGUUAUGACAUUGCCCCUUGCGUUGAGUUAUCAAUGUGUAACCUUUGUUGUAUCUGACUCUAUAAGACAAGAACUAACGCUCCUGAUGGUUUUCGUUAACACAUACAAGGUGAUAUUAUCGUUUCAAUCCUGUAAUAUCUGGAAAGAUACUGAGAUUUCGAUCCAGUAAUAUCUGGCAAGAUACUGUGAUUUUGAUCCUGUAAUAUCUGGCAAGAUACUGUGAUUGUGGA